UCUUACUUGUUAAUUUUGAAAUAUUAACUAAAAAAUAGCAAAAAACGUAAAUAAUAUUUAGCACAAUGACUUCUAUACACUUUAUAGAAGAAAACAUAUGUUUGAUUUCUGGACUAGCAUGUGUUUUUUUGACCUUUUCAUACGUUGGUAGCUUAUAUAUUUGGAGAUCUAAUUUAAGCAGAGAUCAUCCAACUACUAUUAAAAGAAGAUUUCUUAGUGUGUGUUGUAUGAUGUUGCUAGCUCCUGUUUUUACUCAUACACUAUUGAAAGAGGAAAUGCUGCAAAAGGGAGAUAUAUAUGAAUAUAUGGGCUUUAGAAUGUCAGGAAUGAUAUCUGCAUUAUUUGUUCCUUUGAUACUGACUGCCAUAUUAUUUUUGGGACCAUUAACAAUGCAUUUCAUAGCUGGUACCUGGAAAUUGUAUGCAGAGCCUAUGUAUUGGUUGUCAAGCUGGCAAGAUUUGGUUUGGUUGCGUAACCAUGUUAUGGCACCACUUAGUGAGGAGUGGGUAUUUAGAUCAUGUAUGAUGCCUCUUCUACUACAAUGUCUAGAGCCACUUACUGCUGUCUUUACUGGACCAUUUCUUUUUGGUAUUGCCCAUUUUCAUCACCUGCAUGAGAUGCUGGUAAAUGGACGAUCAUUGAAGUCAGCACUAUUUAUUGCACUGUUUCAAUUCUCAUUUACAACUGUGUUUGGUGCAUAUUCAGCUUAUCUGUUUUUAAGAACUGGUCAUUUCUUCGCACCACUCGUUGCACACAUAUUCUGCAAUCAUCUCGGAUUCCCGAAUUUCAUUGAGGUAUUUCAUUUUCCGUUAUUGCAGCGACUUCUUAUUAUAUGUAACUUUUUCCUCGGUCUCUUCCUGUGGUGUUAUUUGCUUAUUCCUCUAACUGAUCCCUACAUUUAUGAUAAUAAGCUGCAACUGCUAACUUAAAUUUAAGAUUAUUUCCCGUGUUCCGUCGACUUUUUAUUCUGCCAAAUUCUUGAAUUGUGUUGAUGAUGUUUUACUCAUUAAAUUUACUGUAUUAAUUAUUUUUAAAAACCAUAAUUUAUAUUUUGAUAUGUAUUAGAGUUUUGAGUUAAAAAUUAUAUACAUAUAAAAUUUGUAUUAUGACUGGUGCAUAUUUAUGGUAACUAUAUCUAAGUCAAGUGAAUAUAUUAAUCAAUUCCAACUUGAGUGUUUAUGAAGUUGGUCUUUAUUCAUAUUUUUAUGUACUAUAUUUUGCAGUUGUAAUUGUGGAUAUAUUUUUUUACAUUGAAACUUUAUUUGACUGUAAAAUAUAUAUAUUUUUUAAAUAUUAGUUCAUGAAGUUCAUGAAUGCAAAGGUCACAGCAAAUUGUGAUUAAAAAUGCGAAAUAAAAAGAUCUUUUCUGAAUAUAUCCACUGUACAACCAAACCCUGCGCUGCAUUGCUCAACUAAAUAAAUGCUCUAAAGCAUAAUUUUCCACGCUUUAUUAAAUAUAUUAAAAUACACUGUUGUAUUGUUGGUAAGUUCUUGUGACUAUUUUAAUUAAUUUAAAUGUAUUAAGCAUUAAUUUAAUAAAUAAGUCAUCAGUUUAAUUUACCUAAUUUAAACUCGUACGCACAUAUGGAAUACUUGAUUAAGAUAUUUAUGUUAGAUGCACUAAUAACCAUACUAUAGCCUAUUCCACUCGAAGUAGGAGUAAAGAUAAAUAAAUCCUAGAUUUACGUAUUUCAAGAGAUGGACUAAUAUAGCUAAGCUAUAUUAUGCAUUACUAAUAGUUUUUGACUCAUAUCUCUGUAUAAAAUCAACACCAUUACGCCUAACUAAAGUUUAGUUUAAUCGAAGUUCUAAACGUCAUUUUUUGCAAAUCCAUAGUGCAUAUCAUAGAUUAAUCAAUCUCUCGACCAAUGAUAUUGCGUCAAUUCGCUGUCAAAUGUUGUUUAUUUGGUUUUUGUCAUCUUGUAGUAGGAAUAGACUAUAUACGUUAUUUUAUUAUGAUAUCAAUUAUUAAAAAAACCCCCUUUGAAAAAGGGGAUAAAACGAUCUGAAAUAAGAAUUGGGGAAGUAUUUGCAAUUUCCUAAAUCUUUAGCUUAUGUUCAUUUGUUGAUCGAUGUACCCGAAUUGUUUUUUUUCUUAAUUCAAUAUAAAUAUAAAAAAAGACAUUAUUAAAGGAUUUCUUAAAAAUUUUGAUUAUAUAUAGUGUAAGCUUGUAGAUUCAGUGAUUUGGUCUCAAUAUGAUGUCAUACUCGCUGAUUUCUUUUAGAAUUCUGAAAUGCAUGCUAUCGUAGUCAUCCACGAUAUACAAAUUAAAACAUUAUAAUAAAAAAACUAUUUCAUAAAAACUAAAUAUGUAAUUUUAAUCCUUGAAAUAUAAGUAUGUACAUAUUUUACCAAGGAGCUCUAGCCAAAGUAAAUUAGAAAUCUAAAAAAAAACAAAUAUGGUUUUUCAUUCUUUUUUUAAAAAUAUUUUGUUAACGUUUAAAUUAUAUUUUAAAGUUUUUUAUUUACUUUUUGUGCCAUAAACAUACGUAUAGAUUCUAAUGUGUUUUAAACAUAAACUUUAGCGUUUGCGUCAAAGAAAAAAAAAGUGCAACAACUUCUGUGAAUUGUUUAUGAAUUGGUGUACAAAACGACCCAAACGUAAAAGUUUGCGUUUCAAACUUGCGCUUAAGGUUUAUCAAUUAUAUGUAUAGUUAAUUACCUAAGUCAUGAUAUUCCUAUCAAAGUAAAAUAAUAAGUACUCAAAUUUUUGUACUUAAAUAAUUUUCUAAAAACAUUGAAUAUUUAUUGAGUAUAUAUUCUCUUGUAUUUAAUCUAAACGCAUAUAUGACAUGUGUAUUUUGUAAUUGGUUUUGUAUGUAAAUAAUUAUUUGAAAAUAUAGUUUUGUUAUGGGGUAAUUGACGAUACAAGAACAACAAUAACAACUUUUAAAUGGCGCACUGCUGGGAAAGGAAGGUCUCCGUUUAAUUGAGGAUAAUGUUCUUAGCUCUAUUUAUUAUAAUUAUUCCAGAAGUAAUAUUUAAAGUUGACAAUAGCCAUAAAAUACAGAAUUUUUUGGGGAGCUACGCCUAAUACCGUUAAUAAAAAUCGACAAUUUAAAAAAAAGACACAUUUUUAUUUUUAAUUGUAAAUAAAUAUAACUCGCUUUUUUUUAAUUUACCAUAACCAAAAUUUUACCCAUUUAACCAUUUAUAUUUUAAAAUGUCACUUAUAUUGUCAAAUACCCUAAAAUUAAGAACGUGGCUUUUUUACAUUACAUUUUUAUAAUAUUAAUAUGAUGUAUUGAAGGUUCGUUGCCUCACUAGUCAAUUAAUGUCAUUUUUAUAUAACAAAAAAAAACUAUGAAGUAAGGUUUAUACAAUAAGGUAAAGGUAUUUUGAAGCUACGAAUUUAAAGUCAUUAUGAUAAUUAUUUAUGAGUGUUUAAAGCGUGUGUGUGAGGGUACAGCGAUUUGUAUUACUUACUCGUGUGUCAUGUACGAAGUGUAACUUCUUGGAAUGUGAUGAGGGUAAAAUUUCAAGGUCAAUUUGUGUUUGGCCUUGAAAUUCAUUGUUUUUAUAUUUCAAUUAUCUCAUGUAUGCGUUUAAUUUUGUUCGCUGAGAGAUUCCGUUCUGUCGGGUCCGUUAUCAAAUGGGACGAUGUUACUUUGGAUUGACAUCAUAGAUUAUUAUCAAUUUAGUUAUGUCAACAUAAUAUAAAUGUUAUGAUUCUUAAAUACUAACAGCAUUCUAUGGCUUAUUAUCACAUCAUGACCCAUAGGCAGACAUCAUGAACGCGGCCGGACAUUUCAGACAAGCUCAAACUCCAAAUAUGCAUGUACAGUCUAUUCCAAUCGACUAGGAAUAAAAAUAAACGAACCUUAGUAAUUUAUCUUUAUUUUUAAGGCCACGCUAUUCCACUAAACUACUUAUGUUCACUUUAAUUUUACUUUCAAGUUCAGAUAAGUUUUGUAGAAGUUCAAAACGUAUUUAUUUCUAAAUACCAUAAUGAGUGCCAUAGAUUAUUCAAGCGUUCGACCAAUGAUAUUGCCUAAAUUCGAUGCUAAAUGUUGUUUAUUUGACUUUUGUCCUCUUAUGGUUGGAAUAGACUAUAGGUACUGCAGCAGAUUAUUUAUGUAACUAUAUAUAAAUUACUGGCUAUGGCAUGGCUCAGCAUGCUAUACAUCACUCUCUAUACAUAUAUUUUUGCCAUCAAUUAUCCAAUAAAACUCGCGUGCUAUACCUAUUGUCCGUUGACGGCACUAUGUCAAAACUUAAAGUGCCAAAAACCAUUGUACCAAGUACAACUCAUUUGGAUGAACGGUACAGGAAUGCAUACUGGACAAAACAAUAUAUUAUUUUGUUUAUACUUAUAUACAAAUAUUUGUAAAUGAAAAUGUGAGCCUAUUUAAAUGGACUGUGUGUUUUUUCUUAUAGACCAAUUAUUUGGUAGUUUUACCUGGACAAUGCAAAUAGUCCAGUCAUUAUAUACAGCAAAAAACAGGCCGAGAUAUAUAGAACCAUCAACGAUAGGUUAAAAAUGUAUAGAGCCUAAAUUGUAGAGCGCAAAUGAAGCAACAAAAAAUAUUUUAUAAUUCGUAUUCUAUCUAAAUCGAGGUCGAUAACUUCAAGUUAAGCCUUUCUAAGCCCUCCCUACAACGUAUCCAAAAAUCAGCUUUCUCGGUUCAUUUGCAUUUCCAAAAGUAUAUAAUGACUGGACAAAAAAGAACACGUUGAUAUCAAUAACUCCACCAAUUUUCAAAACUCCCGGUAAAAUUGAAUUUUGAGUACCAAAUAGCUGUACUGUAAGUAGAUUGUAUCGACUUUCAUCGGAUAAAUUUAACAAUUUUGUGUGUAUGUUUCAUUUUUGUACAUUAAUUUAGUACAAUAACUUAUUGUGUAAUAAAUUAGUAACGAAUAACUCAAAGAAAAUACCUCCUUUUUUAAUAAUUCGUAGCUUCAGCUUUGUAAUAACUAUUAA